UGUGACCGUUUCCCGACGGUCUCUAUUCUGCGUCGCACAAAACAAUGUCCACAAGCUUGAAAAUGAGUUGGGGUUCAGUUAGCUACGCUUUAAGCUUUGCUGAUGUUUUAUGGUCGUUUCUGGCUUUAUUUUUCCUUCUGGCGUUCUGUGCUCACAAAAUCUCAUUGCACCUGCCGAGAAAAUAUGAAACAUGUCGUCUUUACAUGUUAUUUCAGGAUCUUAUUCGGUACGGAAAAACCAAACAAAACCUCAAAAGAGACGACUGGCUGCGGGCAUUUGACGUCCCAAAAAGGUGGUUCUGGCAUUUCUAUGCCAUCUCUGUUGGCUGGAAUGGUCUUCUCCUGGCCUUCUACCUGAUCUCCAUAUUCCAGCAUCAGUCAUACCCGUUAUUGCUGACUGGGGUAUUAGACUUUUUGACAGGUGUUCCCAGCACUGACAGUCAAGUCCCACAGCUGUCUACUCUGCUGGUGCAGCUGCUGCUCUGCGUCCACUCCCUCCGGAGGCUGAUGGAGUGCCUGUUUGUCAGUGUCUUCUCUGAUGGAGCCAUGCAUUUGGUGCAGUAUGUGUUCGGCGUGUGCUAUUACAUCGCAAUGGGGUUGACGGUGCUCUGUUCGGAUCGUCUGGGAAAAGGGACUGGAACCCUCCUCUCUCAGCUGGACUGGUUUCACUUGGCUGGAAGCUCACUUUUCAUUGGAGCGUCACUGAUGCAGCAUCAAUCCACUGUCCUGCUGGCCAGGCUUCGCACUGGAAAGUCAGGGAGAGUGGAAACGCUGGCUCACAGAGUGCCAGAGGGAGGCUGGUUCGAGCUGGUGUCAUGCCCACAUUACCUCGCAGAGCUACUGAUCUACGUCUCACUGAGCUUGGUUUUCGGAGGCCUGUCUCUUACCUGGUGGCUUGUUGUUCUUUAUGUGCUGUUCAACCAGGCACUAGCAGCACAGCUUUGUCAUGAACUUUAUAUUAGCAAAUAUGAGUCAUAUCCGAGGCAUAGAAAAGCAUUUAUACCUUUUGUGCUGUGAGUUGUUAUUGGUGUCUUCUGUUUUGCGUUCCUUUUCUGGAACUGUAAAGUCCCAGAAAAAUGUCAGAGACGCCUGGUGAUAUGAAGGUGUGGGAGUAAAACUCACCUCCUUCUGAGCACUGAUUGACAAAGUGUUCUCGACUAAUGAAGCUGCUCAAUAGCCAACGGGACAAAAUGGACUGUAGUCAACAGCUCCCGAUAGUGAAUGUGAGGCCUGGCAGUGCUGCAGUAACAUUCUUCCACAGCAAAAGUCUCUCCAGGUGAGAGGUGAGCUGUUGUGUCAUCAAUGUCACCAAAAAUCACUUGUUCUUUUAUGAAAUAAAGGAUAAAAUGGGAAGUGUACUUAAUGUGAGAAUGUUGAGAAAUGGAAAUAUUCGAUUUUCUGUAAAACAAAAGGCCAAAAAACAAAAGCUAUGAGAGUCCGCCAUCUCAUUAACAGGCCAAUUGAAUGCUUUGUUCCUGCAGGUAGAGAUGUUAAGGGAGUAAUAUAAAUUAACUCUGAUAUUACCGAGAGUGCCAUAGUUAAACAUUUACAGAGAGCUGAGAUUGAGUCUGCCAGUAGGUUUAAAAAAAGAUGGCACAGCUGUGUUGCUUACCUGUUAAGCAAGAGAGCAUACCACCAAGAGUAUACAUGGGGUAUAUGAGUUUCCCAGUGAGAGAGUACAGACGUCCUCCAUUGCGAUGCUACAAGUGUCAACGGUUUGGGCAUGUGGCAGCUGCACGUAGAGGGAAUAAGAGAUGUGGAAAGUGUGGGGGGGACCGUGACUUUGCACAAUGCCAGGUUGUGGAAACAAAGUGUUGCAAUUGUGGUGGUAACCAUAUAACUUCUUUCAGGGGGUGUGGGUAUCCUAUAACAGCUGUGGAAGUGGAAAAGAUUAGAGCUGGAGAGAACAUGUCUUAUGCAGAUGCUUUAAGAAAAGUGAAGGGCUCAGGGGAAACUAACAGGCCCUGCACUGCCAGAAAAAAGGGGAACAAUGCAGAUAAAGGAAAAGCAGUCACUUCUUGCAUUCAUGGUAGAUGUGAUAUGGGCAGCUAGACAUAUAAAUAUAACCAAAAGGUCAGAUGCUAUUAAGAUUGUAGUAGAGGCUGCUGAAAGGUUUCUUGAGGAGGUAGAACUAGGCCCAGAGGAGUCGCACGUGUUCAUGAGACAGAAGUUGGAGGUGCAGGAGAGAGGGAGGGAGAGAGAAAGGAGGCCCACGGGUAGGAGUGAGGAAAGUGGUAAAGAGGCGGAAAUGGAUGUGAAUGAACGUGAUGAUAAUUAAUCUGUUGAUGUUUUACAUCUUGCAAUGGAAUGCAAGGAGCUUAACUGCAAAUGGGCAGGAGUUUAAAAGAUUUGUGGAUGUAUUUAAAGGAGAGUGUAAACCA